AUGGCCGUCGUUGUUGAAUUCGAUGAGGCUGGUAUCGACCCGAUAAAAACAGUAUCAGAUAAGAAUGUAGAGCCACAAUGGACUCUUCUAUGGUAUCUUCGCAACAAACUUGGAUUGAUCGGUACAAAGCUUGGUUGUGCGGAAGGAGGAUGUGGAGCCUGUACAGUUAUGAUUUCAAAGUUUGAUCGUGUUGCAGGAAAAAUCAUUCAUUUGGCUGUUAACGCAUGCUUAACACCGGUAUGCGCCGUGCAUGGUUUAGCUGUAACCACCGUGGAGGGUAUUGGUAGCACAAAGACCAAGUUGCACCCGGUACAAGAACGUAUUGCCAUGGCACAUGGGUCGCAGUGUGGAUUUUGCACAGCUGGUAUAGUCAUGUCUAUGUACGCUUUGUUGCGCAAUAUCCCAAGACCAACUAUGGACAAUUUGGAAACUGCGUUUCAAGGUAAUCUAUGCAGAUGUACAGGAUAUAGACCGAUUAUAGAGGGAUUCAAGAUCUUUACGGAGGAGUGGGAACGAUCGCAGUUAAUGAUUAACGUACGAGAGGAAGGAGCAAACAAUACGAGAACUUGUUCAAUGGGCGACGCCUGCUGUAAAAAGGUUUUUACGUCCGAACCAACUGAGAUGUUCAAUUCCAAAGAGUUCCGUCCGUACGACCCUACUCAAGAACCUAUAUUUCCACCAAAAUUAAAAAUUGAAUCUAAAUUGGACGAGCAAUAUCUAAUAGUGAAAGGGAAAAAUGUCAGUUGGUAUAGACCUACGAAUCUCAAAACAUUGCUUGCUCUUAAGGAACAGUAUCCAAAUGCUAAGAUUGUCAUCGGUAACACGGAAAUCGGGGUUGAAAUGAAGUUUAAACAUUUAAUAUACCCAAUACUUAUACAACCGACGCAAAUCAAAGAAAUGAAUGGAAUUAUUGAAAUACCAGAGGCAUUAAGAGUGGGUGCGAGUGUGACUUUAGUCGAGCUUGAAGAAACAUUAAGAUACUAUAUUCAAAUAAAACCUGAAUAUAAUACAAGGAUCUUCAGGGAAAUAAUAAAUAUGUUACAUUGGUUUGCUGGAAAACAGAUAAGAAAUGUUGCUGCUGUGGGUGGCAACAUAAUGACUGGUAGUCCAAUAUCAGAUUUAAAUCCAAUCUUUAUGGCUGCGUGUAUUAAAUUAAAUUUAUGCAGUUUAAACCAUGACAGUCGAACCAUACCAAUGGAUCAUACCUUUUUCGUCGGAUAUCGACGUAACAUUGUUUUACCUGAGGAAGUACUAGUUUCUAUUGACAUUCCCUUCACGAAAGAGAAUCAAUACUUUAUUGCCUACAAACAAGCGAAGAGGCGAGAUGAUGAUAUUGCCAUAGUCAACAUGGCCUUAAAUGUAUAUUUCGUUCCUGAUACGAGUAUAAUUCAAGAAGCGCUUAUUGCAUUCGGUGGGAUGGCACCUACUACGAUCUUAGCGAGACAAACUUGUCAGAAAAUAAUUGGAAGAAAAUGGAAUAAAUCGAUCUUGGAGGAGAUUUAUGAUUCCUUACUUGAGGAACUACCAUUAGCAGAUAAUGCACCAGGAGGAAUGAUUAAAUACCGUCGAUCUCUCACUCUAAGUUUAUUUUUUAAAGGAUUUAUGCACAUCUCCAAGGAAUUAUCGAAAAACGUUUUGGAUGUCGAAUAUAUAUCAAAGGAAUUAGAAAGCGCUUCGGAUUGUUUCCAUUAUAAAGCACCAAAAAGCUCACAAUAUUACCAAGUGGUGCCUAAAAAUCAAGAAUCGUAUGAUCUAAUAGGACGUCCUCUUGUACACGUUAGUGCAUUUAAGCAAGCAACGGGAGAAGCAAUAUAUUGUGACGACAUGCCCAAAUUUGCAAAUGAACUGUACUUAGCAUUGGUUCUCUCUACUAGAGCGCACGCAAAAAUCUUGAAAAUUGAUCCAUCUAAGGCACUAUCUACGGAAGGAGUUGUGUCAUUUUUUUCUUCAAAAGACAUAGCGGGAGAUAGUAGAUGGAUGGGAGCUGUAUUUCAUGACGAAGAAGUAUUUAUAUCAGAAAAGGUAUGUUCUUAAACACAAAAAUAGAUA